AUGGAUAUCCAUCAAGAUACAGAGCAAACGCCACUACUUCGAGAAGGAGCCGACGUACAUGGCACAACACAGGACGCCGUUCGCAAUUCCCCGCCGUCGCGUCUAGCCGUCGCCCUUUCAUGUCUCCUCCUGCUCGCAUUAGUUAAUAUCGGCAAUACACUCAUCAGCAGUCCCAUCGAACAAAUACGAUGGGAAACCUUUUGUUACAAUCCCAACACGACCAGCAUCCCCAGCGUUGCGGCCAAUCCAUCUUGCGCCAAAAAGGACUAUGCCCUGCUGCAAAGCUGGAAAGCUGCUAUCGAAAUCGUCAUGAUUGUCCUUACAGCUGCUCCGUUUGGCAUGGCAGCCGAUGCGUACGGCCGCAAACGAAUCCUUCAGCUAUCUGUUGCAGGCAUUACUUCAGCGCAGGCAUUCGACAUUGUCAUCGGUCGCUUCCCCGAAACGUUUCCCGUCCAUCUGAUGGUAUGGAAAGGAUUUUGGGCCAUGAUCGGCGGCGGCGGCACUGUAUUUUCAGCCAUGAUAUUCACAAUCUUUAGUGAUAUAAGCACAGAGGCACAAAGGUAA